AUGAUGGCUACUGCCCCAGGCUACCGCCAGGCGCUGCCGACACCUCCGCCGGCCUAUCUCCGAUCAUCUCCCCCAUAUCCCUCGGACGAGUCAACACCACGCACGAUCACCACGCCCCCACAGAGCCUGAACAUUAACCGAAAACCCGUUCCAAUCCACACGUCACAUCCCGAACUCUCGCCCGUUCUUCAGAAUUCGCCGCGCUCGCCCGUUAAGAUCGACUAUGGGGCAGACAUCCAGGCCUCGUCUGUCCCCAUUGAACACUCUGACGAUGGUCCUGUGACGCCGCAAUUAGAGCUCCCGGAGUUUGCAGACAUGUCCAUCGAUGGUGCUGUGCAACCGCCAGAGCAGAGUUGGAAUCCCUCCUACCCUCCGCGACGUGACUCGUCGCACGCCCCACAUUAUGCACGAUCGCAUCCUUACGGGCACACUCCCGCCAGCAGUGGCUCGUGGUCAGUGGUGGAGCCACACCAGAAGGACGACGGCCAUGGAAACCCCCAGAAGAGCGCCUCCUCACUAGAGCGCGAUGGCCAGAGCUAUCAUAGCUCUUCCAGGGGCAGCUUGGACAGCGUGGUGCAGACUUCGGACAAUUAUGAGCCUCUAGCGUACCACCACCAACAGAACUCGACUCCAAAAUCGCCCGGGAAACCAAUGGCCAAUGCAGAUGCUCGAUCUGGGUCGACGGACAAGCUUGCGGUCCGGUCGAGAUUAUCGCGACCUUUGUCUGCGUACUCUUCAACCUCAGAACAUGGAGGCCAUCGGCGCAAUCUCUCUGCGUCGCCUUACUUACAUGCCAGAUCCUCAUCCCACAACUCCAACGCAUCACCCGACAACCGGUCAUCCUCGUUCCUUGACUUGCUCAAUACAUCGUACCCCCAACCCGGCCCGACGGCAGCUCAAUUUGACAACUCACGCCUGCAAGCCUCCGUGGGCAACAAUGCCUCCCUCCUUAGCCACAAAGAAACCUUUGAGAUGUACCUAGCGAAUGUCAAGAAAACAGACGAGCCAACGGUGCUUUAUGAAUUCGCUGUAUUCAUGAUAAACUCGAUGCGUGAGAUGCCAAGCGUGGACCUCGAGGACGCAAGCCCCAUCACCAGAGCCCGCCUCCUUCGUGAAUCGAAGUCAAUUCUGCAGCGCCUCGCAGACCGCAGUUACCCCUUCGCUCAGUAUUACCUCGGUGAUGGUUACGCGUCAGGGCUCUUCAGCAAAGGCCGCGAAGACCACGAUCGAGCGUUCCCACUAUUCCUAGCAGCCAGUAAACACGGUCACGUCGAAGCAUGCUACCGAACAGCCCUGUGCUACGAGUUUGGCUGGGGAUCUCGCGUGGACGGUGGGCGCGCAGUGCAAUUCUAUCGCCAGGCGGCGUCGAAGAACCACCCGGGCGCCAUGAUGCGCAUGGCCAAGGCCUGUAUCGCUGGCGAUAUGGGACUCGGCAAGCGUUACCGUGAGGGUGUCAAGUGGAUGAAGCGUGCGACGGAAUCUGCAGACGCGCAGUACAAUUCCGGACCCUAUGAACUCGGAAUUAUGCACGAGAGAGGCUUUGGAGAAGACGUCUUCCCCGACGAAACCUACGCCGCACAAUUGUUCACCAAGUCUGCAGAGCUGGGUCACGUCGAGGCAGCUUACAGACUUGGCGAUGCGUAUGAGCAUGGCCGACUAAAUUGCCCGCGAGAUCCAGCUCUCAGUAUUCAUUUCUAUACCACCGCCGCACAAAAUGGCCAUCCACUCGCCAUGAUGGCGCUUUGUGCCUGGUAUCUAGUUGGAGCAGAGCCCGUCUUGGAGAAGGACGAAAACGAGGCAUACGAGUGGGCGCUGCAGGCCGGUAAUCUGGGCCUUGCAAAGGCACAGUACGCCGUUGGAUAUUUCACUGAAAUGGGAAUCGGGUGCCGUCGUGAUCCUCUCGAGUCAAAUGUGUGGUAUGUGAAGGCAGCAGACCAAGGCGACGAGCGCGCCAAGCAUCGCAUUGCCACCAUCCGCGCAGCGGCUGAUGCCACUCAUUCCACGACUCCUCGCGGUGGAGCCACAAGGAAAGGAGCUCGGCUCAAGAAAACCGACCGCAAAGAUCAAUCUCCGAGUCAGGAUGAUGACCAACACGACAAGCCCAAACAGAAGCGAUUCGUCAUUUUCUAA